UCAGGCACCACAAGCAGGAAGGAGGUUUCGCGCGUUCCUUCUUCCAUCCGAUUUGCUCAGUAAAAUCGCCGGAUUUAGCUGGCAGGGCUGUGUUUACUGUAAUGUUUAGCACUUAAUCCCCACCCACAAGACGCCCGCUAACAGCUGCCUCGAUCCCUAGCGAUCCGUCUUGUUGUAGUUACAGGCGCUGGGCUGAGAGUGACCAUGGAUGAGUUUCAGUCGGGAGAGGAGACUGCAUUUGUUGUUGACGAUGUAAGCACCAUCAUCAAAGAAGCAGUGGAGAACACAAUUGGAGGGAAUGCCUAUCAGCACAACAAAGUGAAUCAAUGGACAUCCACAGUGGUGGAGCAAUGUCUCAACCAACUCACCAAAUUAGCCAAGCCUUUUAAAUACAUUGUGACCUGCGUGAUAAUGCAAAAGAAUGGAGCAGGCUUGCAUACUGCUAGUUCAUGCUUCUGGGACAAUUCUGUUGAUGGAAGCUGCACUGUCAGAUGGGAGAACAAGACCAUGUAUUGCAUUGUUAGCAUCUUUGGCCUCGGUGUCUAGGACCUACUUCAGUUAUUGCUACAUUUUGUCUUGAAAGUAUGCACUGCAAAAUGCAUUAUCAAGUGCUGAUUUCCAUCAAUAAUUACUACUGAAAUUACAUUUAAUAUACAGUCUUACUGAAAGAAUUACAUUAAUGAAAAUUGCUGCAAUACAAACUUAUUUGCAUUUUAAA